AUGGACACCGUCCUGGAAGAAAUAUUUGUGGAGGAUCUCACAAACCCUUUCCUGGAGCACGGGAUGUUGGGGCAGUCUGUGUUCAAUGUCAUUGCCUGCAAGGGUGUGGACUUGUUGAACCAUCCAGAAAGAUAUAAACAGUGGCAGAAUAACAAUGGUCACCAAAGCACACUGGACCCGGCCUUCUCCAAGGGCGUGGAUGCAGUGGGUGCAUUCUUGAGGGGCAUGGAAGAGGCCAGGAUGUUCUUGCCCAAUGACAAUAGUUCUAGAAGGGAUGAACUGGUGAAUUGUAUGUCUAGGGAAAGUAGCAGCCACUGUGGGGUGAAGAAGAGAUACAACAGGGACAAGCAUCAAGAUGAGGUAAGCAGGGCCAGCAAAGCUGUAAAGAUGAUGGAGCAGGAGGAGAUUGGUGUGCACAAGAUGUUCAACGAGAUGAUGUUUCACAGCUACGAGGUAUGCAUCACGAGCAUGGACAAUUUGCGUAUUUCCAUGGCCACGGAGUCAAAGAAGAAUAACAGAAAGAGCAUUAGCAACAAGACAAGGGAUGUGGUGGACUUGCGCACAUUGUUGGUCCUUUGUGCACAGGCGGUGGCUGCAAACAAUCACAUGUGUGCACAUGAGCUACUGAAGCAGAUCAAGAAACAUGCAUCAGCAUCAGGGGAUGCCACACAACGGCUAGCUCAAUGUUUCGCCAAGGGGCUGGAGGCACGCUUACUGGGAACCGGUAGCCAUCUUUGGCAGUUGCUUAUUACGGAGCGCCCAUCAGUCAUGGAGUUCCUCCAGGCCUACAAGUUGUACCUGGCAGCUGGGAGCUUCAUCAAGGUGGCAGUAACUUACUUAAUUAUGAUUGUCAUGCAUGCCAUGAUAGGAAAAAGCAAGCUGCACAUUGUGGAUUAUGGUCCACGUUUUGGGUUUCAUUUGGCAGGCUUGCUCCGCGUGUUAGCAAGUAGGGAAGGUGGCCCGCCAGAGGUGAAGGUCACCGCCAUAGGUUGCUCCAAUCUACGGUCCUGCCCAACUGAACGAACUGAGGAUAUAGGGAUGUUGCUCAGUAAGUGUGCCCGUGAAUUUGGCUUGCCAUUCAAGUUCCAUGCCAUCAUGAUGAAGUCGGAGAAAGUAUGCAUCGAGGACUUGAAGACAAAUGAUGAUGAGGUGCUUGUCGUGAAUGACCUUUUUAAUUUCAGUACCUUGAUGGAUGAGAGUGUAUUCUUUGAUCACCCAAGCCCUAGGGAUAUUGUCCUCAAUAACAUUAGGAAUAUGCGGCCAAAUGUCUUCAUUCAGAGCAUUGUGAACUACUCAUGUGGUUCUUCCUUCUUGUCUCGGUUCCGCGGGGCUCUAUUCUAUUACACGGCACUCUUUGACAUGUUGGAUGCAACAAUCCCACGGGAGAACCAACUGCGCGUGCUGCUGGAGCAGGGCUUUCUGGGGCACGGGGCACUGAAUGCCAUUGCCUGCGAGGGUGUAGACCUGAUGGACCACCCUGAGAAAUAUAAACAGUGGCAAGUGAGAAACCAACGGGCUGGGUUGAGACAGUUGCCACUUAAACCACACAUUGUCAAGGAACUGAAGGAAAAAGUCAAGCAGAACUACCAUAAUGAAUUUUUGAUCAGCGAGGACGGUCAAUGGCUGCUGCAGGGGUGGACUGGGCACGUCCUCUUUGCCCACUCAACAUGGGUAGCAGAAGAUGUCCCUUCUAAAUGA